AUGGGGAAAAUGGUGAAUCACGUGAUUCCAAAUAAAUGUGAUCGUUUGAAAAAUAAAAAAUCAUUUGUAGAGGACGAAACAGGAGAAGAAAACGAUUCUUCGGAUGAUCUCUGUAGCAAUGCAUCGUCAACGAAUCAAUCUGGUAAUGAAGAAAAUGCCACGUCACAAACGAAAACCCACUGUGAAGAUGAAGACAUGGUUUUUGUGCCAUCGGAUCCGGCUGAAUGGAAUUCGGAACACGUUUCGCAAUGGUUGAAUUGGACGACAAAAAAAUUUAGACUGAAUCCAAAGCCCGAUUGUGAUAAAUUUCCAAAAACUGGAGUUGAAUUAUGCGAAUUAACAAAAUCGGAUUUUGAAAAAAUUACCGGUGAUCAAAGAUCCGGUGAGCUUUUAGCCGUACAUUUAGCUCAUUUGAGACACAGUGCGACGGGACACACGAGUAGUUCAUUAAAUGAAAAACCCAAAUACAAAAUUGAUUUCGAAGCUACUGUUAACACCACGGGUCAAGUCAGAUUAAAUAAUUUAAUGAAAAUAAGACCUAAACACAAUGGGGGACGCGUAUACGAAUAUGCCCUUUUUCGUCUAACGUUAUUCAAUUGA